AUUGAGGAAGGAUUGGUGGGAAUAUUUGCACUUGGAACAGGUGCCCGGAAACAGGGGAGGUAACUCUUCCAGGCGGAAGUUGUCGUCAGCAAAUAUGACAGCAUGGAGAGGGUGUUCUUAAGGCAUUUAUUUCUUCUGUUGCUGAUUUUCUUGACUUUAUUGUCGCUAUGCGCUCUAGAGUUGCAACUUGCAACAUCACCCGAUGUCAACAUUGUCCUCAACGAUGCCAUGUUUUUUGAAAUCAUUGAACCUGAGCAGUUAAGUUACACUUACAAAGUGCGUCCGGCCAGAGACUUUGGAGGAGUUUUUGAACACACACUUAGCAAAGUGGAGCUUAGAUUUGCCGACCCUUUAGAUGGGUGUGGCACUUUUACAAGCAGCAUGAGGGGAUCCAUUGCCUUUAUAUUACGUGGAGGAUGCUCCUUUUUAACUAAAACUUACAACGCAGAAAAGGCAAAUGCUAUUGGUGCUAUGAUCAGCGACAGUGAUGAGGAGAAUGAUGAGAAGUUUGUCGACAUGAUCGAUGACAACACCAGCAGGAAAGUGAACAUUCCAGCCAUGUUCCUCAUGGGGAAAGACGGUGCUAUGAUUCGUCACACACUGCAACAGUUAAAUAUGGAUAGUGCUCUUAUAAAUAUUCCAAUCAAUGUGACUGGUAUACCCUUGGGACGUGUCAACCAGCCGCCAUGGACACUGUGGUAGCAGUGUCGACACAGUGCCACGCCCACUUCACACAGCACCACGCCCACCUCACUCUCAUGUAGUGGGGCUACAAUAAACCUCGUUAUGUGAA